GUCAUCGAGUACAGUGGCGAUUGUUUUGGCGAAGAACGACGUAGAUGUAACUGCCACCGAAUGGGAAGAACUAAGGAUAUAUCACCGCUCACUAUACUAUGAACGAUGUAUACCGAACUUGCUGCUCUCCGUUUACAAAGGAUGCUAACAAUCUACAUUCACAGUGCACAUACUUGGGAAGUAACAAGGAUGAGGAGUACUAGAUAUUCCGGGAAGACCAACCAAGAAGCAGAGGUUUAUCCUUCAAAUCCAGCUUCUCCCAUUUGUCCUUUGCCACAUAUCCACUGGCUGAACGAUAGGCGAUUUCCUCCGUCCACUCCACCCAUAAGAUCUUGUACCCUUCCGAAAUCUUAAUAGGGCUAGUGUAUCAUGCCUCGGGUUGGUGAAACGUCUUUUCAUGCACUGUGGAUCGAGAAACAGAAACCAAAUCAGUAGGGUUUUCUUU